CAGUGAGGAGGUGCCAGCGGUGCUGGGAGCCUUUGUGGCCACACCAUGGUGCAGCUGCUGUGGAGCUGGGUGCUGUGGGGACUCUGGGUGCUGCCAGGUGAGUGCCGGGGUCGUCUGCGUCACCGGGGCAGCCGGACACACCACAAGGAGGCACGGGGAUCUGUCCUGCAGCAGCCUGCAUGGUGGGGAGGAGAGAUGGGCACCCAAUGGAUUACAGUGGGAAGCAAAGGGCUUAUUGCUCAGCCUGCCCUUGCUCACACCCAAGCCCCACUAGGGAAUGCGGGAGCAGCAGGCAUGGAGCCCCUUGUCCCAGCACAGGACCCAGCAGAGCCGGUUGGCAGCUCCCGCGUGCCUGACAGCAUCAGUGCCGAGCAACUUCGGGAUAUGUCACCCACUGUGCCCGAGCUGGGCAUGUGCCAGCUAACCCCUGGCCGAACAGAGCAGCCUUCUGUCCUCGGAGAUGGUUCAGGCAGUGCAGUGCCACAGAUGGUGCUGGCAGCACUGGACCCCAUGAGCCCCAGCAAGGAGCAGGAGAUGCCUUCUAGUGCAGCAGUCUCUGGAGGGGUGUCAGGAUGGGACAGUCCCCAGGCAGGGCUUGCCUACCCAAAGCAAACUGACUGGAUGACCAGUGUCCCCAUGGCUCCUGGCACCACUCAGAUCUCAUCCCCUGUGCCUACAGGGCACAAAAUGGCUGUUACCCAUGGGAGCAGGCAUACAGAGCUAGACACAACCACGCUGUCCCCAGCUCCACGUGUACCUAUGGAGAACGAGACAGGCCCCCCAAUGCCACUGGGCAGCAGCACCACUCCCAUGAAGUCUGAGGGAGAAUACAGUGCUCUGCAGAGCACCGCUGAGAAGCCCACACCAGGAUCAGCUCUCCCUCUGCAACAGAUAACAGUGACUAAGGAGCAUAUGCUUGCCACCAGAUUGGUGACAGGUGACGUCCCAACACCCAGUGCAGAUUUGUCUCCUGCAGUGAUACAUGCCCCUGCAACUCCUCUGGUGCUGGGAACAGAAGUACCUUCCUCAGCCACCAGCGCAGCGACUGGUAACGAUGGGUUGGUGCAGCCUCACCAUGGUGACACUGCAAAAUGGACACUGGGGACAGAACCGACCGUGGUGCUGUCUGAUGUCCAACGCAGCACAGGGACAUCACCCCACUCCCUCACCUGGAUCCCAGCUGAGCUGCACACAGCCGCUGUGCACCUUUCCCAGGAGGUGACAGCAGGGCUGGAUGAGGCCACCUCUCCUCUUGUCACAGCAGCCAGCAUCACUGCGGGGAACACCGAGCCUGCACCAACCACGCCUGACCGUGUCACAUCUCCCACUGUGCCAGCAACCACAGGGUCUCUGCAUCAUGUUGGAAUGCAGAAAUCAGGGACCAUGAUCCCCCCAGGCACAGCCUCUGCAACAAUCACUCCUCCUGCCAUUGAUGUUGUCAGUGAGGCCACAGCCCCUGGGCUGGCAGCCUCUGGAACAUCUGGAGAUGGGCUGCACAGAGACGCAGCCGUCACCCAUCCCCGUGUCACCUCUCAGCUCCAUGCCUCCACUGCAGCAGCUCCAGGCACAUCAGGCACGGCCAUGGAUGUCAGCACUGCACCACGUGUACCCACCACCCCGUAUGCAGCCCUGGGCAGUGCUGCGACAGAGUCCAUCACUGCUGAAGCCACCACAGGUACUGCUGUCCUGCUGACUGAAGGUACCCUGAUGGGGCUGGAUGUGGGGACGGUCUCCAGUGUGUGUCACCACUUUUGA